AAUAAACUGCAUUUGGAUUCUUAGAGGCGUCUCCGCUCAAACCAUCUCUAUUCCACCCAGUCUCCCCCUGCCACGAGGGGGUGUUUGGUAUAGACCAAGAACUGUGCAGCAGAUUCCUUCUACUGCCUGUGUCUGUAUCUGGGCAUUUUUUUCUGCUGCAAGUGCAGGGGCUCAGCCGGUCUCUGUGCCUCAGAAGGAUUGCGUUGGGCUGCUCUAUACCCGACAUUUCAGUCUAAUGUGAUUGCACAUGAGACAAGUGCAGAAGCAGCGCCCGGGAGAUCUUGCUGUGCUGCCUGUGCUCGAGAUCUGGGAUCUUAUCUGCGUAUAGAUGCAGGAACACAAAGGAUGCUGUGAUCAGACGUGAAUUGUGCUCUGUUCCCAGAGCAGGAAGGAUUAUAGAAUGAAUGGAAAGCAACGCUCAGAGCAGGGAAUGAAGCAUGUCUUCUUUCAACAAUGAGGUUUCCCUCUCUCCAACACUUCAUAAGGUCCUGGGAAGUGAGGGGCUUUGGCCCUGAAACUCUUUGACCUCCCUCUCCCUUCCGGGCAACUCCUGGGAUCCCCAGCCUGCUGCAAUGGGUGGGUUAUAAUCACUGGUAAUGAGGAGCACUGGGGUCAGCCCACCCUGGAGAUGCUGAAAAGAAGGGACAUUCUGGCUAUUGUGCUGAUCGUUCUGCCCUGGACUUUACUCAUCACAGUGUGGCACCACAGCACUCUGUCCCCGCUGCUCACUGCACACAAGGAAGACGGGAGUGAGAGUCGGAGGGAUGUGAGCCAAGGCUCUGAUUCCAGGGAAUAUUGUUCCUCUGAUCAGGAUAUUGUGGAGGUUGUGAGGACAGAAUAUGUGUAUACACGGCCCCCACCAUGGAUGGGGAACCUGCCUAUUAUCCAUGUCAUUACCCCAACAUACAGCAGACCAGUGCAGAAAGCCGAGCUGACACGCCUAUCAAACACCUUACUGCAUGUACCCAACCUGCACUGGAUCCUGGUGGAGGAUUCCCAAAGACGCACUCCUCUAGUCACCAGAUUACUUCAGGAUUCUGGCCUCAACUAUACACAUCUCAAUGUAGAGACACCACGUAAUUACAAACUAAGAGGUGAUACACGUGACCCACGUAUACCUCGUGGGACAAUGCAAAGGAAUCUAGCCCUGCGCUGGCUCAGGGAGACCUUUAAUAGAAACAACAGCUUACCCGGGGUUGUUUAUUUUGCUGAUGAUGAUAACACAUACAGCCUUGACUUGUUUGAGGAGAUGAGAAAUACACGGAAGGUAUCAGUGUGGCCUGUGGCUUUUGUAGGAGGUCUGCGAUAUGAAUCUCCAAAAGUUAAUGCUGCUGGAAAAGUUUUUGGAUGGAAGACUGUGUUUGACCCACAUAGACCAUUCGCCAUAGACAUGGCUGGCUUUGCUAUUAAUCUUCGGCUCAUCCUUCAGCGGCCACAAGCUUAUUUUAAAUUACGCGGGGUUAAAGGAGGUUAUCAAGAAAGCAGCCUGUUGAGAGAGCUGGUGACUCUAAAUGACCUGGAACCCAAAGCUGACAAUUGCACUAAGAUUCUGGUGUGGCACACUCGGACGGAGAAGCCAGUGCUUGUAAAUGAAGGGAAAAAAGGUUUCACGGACCCCAAUGUGGAGAUCUGAGAAAAGUCAAGAGCAGGGACUGCUUGCAGGCAUGGUACUUUCCAUUCUUUGGGCCUAUUCUCAGCCUGGUGGAUCAAGAGAGUGCUUUUGGAAGCAUUCCGCCCCACCUCCCCCUGCCCCGCAGCUUGCAAGGGACUCCAUGUGUAUGUAAUUUUAUCCAAGAAGCACAGCACAUGUGAUGGAGGGAAUGAUGAAGAUGGCAAGGAAUGAAGAGCCCUGUUUUAUAGUACCACAGCUUAAUCCAUGGUGUUCUUCAAUGCUACUCAAAUGAUAUAUAAAUAGAGUAAAACACAGGGAAGCCAGAGGUCUAGUGAUCUAUCUUCCACCUGCAGGAAGGUGUAAGUGAAUGCCCCCACUGUAGUGUACACACUUUUGCAGACCUUCAGUACAACAAUAGGAUCUAAUGCAGAAAGUGGAUUAUAAGGCUCUGCUUCACAUGUUCCACUGCAGAGAGCCUGGUAGUAUAUAGGAUGCAUCAAAACUGCACAAUGCCAUGUAUCGCUGUAGUUUGCAUGCUCACUGAAAAUAAAGAGCAGAGGACUUUCUAGUAAUUAUUGCCACACAGGUUUAGAUUUUUGUUAUUUUGACUGAUAUUUUAAAUGUCUUUUUACAAAAAAUGGAUAUAUGGAAAAGCCUUUUGGUCUAUAUAAACAACCAAACUUGGUAACAUAAAUAAGCACUCUGUCUAGGCAUAUUCUAUUUCAAUUAGUAAAGUAGCAAAGUCAUGUUUGUACCUGAUACAAAUAACUAAGCACAGUUCAGAUGUUAACUUAUAUACAUAUACCCAACAAUGAAGGUACUGUACAAUAAACAUAGAAAUAUCUGCUCCAAAUCAGUUUGGGCUUUUCUGCAAACCUGGGAUAUAUAUAGGGUGGCCUUUUAAAAAUACCCUAUUUAAAAAUCAAUUGACUCUAUAGGCCAGAAUUUCCAGUUCAAUCUUUCAUAAAUCAGCCCCUUAACUUUGUGAUAAUGUUGCUGCUAAUCUUGCCAGCUGUACAGUAUAUUUGCAAUUUAAGGACCCUCAACAAGCUUCUAAGCCACAAGACAAUACUUAAAAAAACCUCGUAAGAUUUAGCCUUCUUCAUUAAAUACACAAAUGUUAUCAGUUACUUUCCAGUAAUCUCCUUAAUCACAACAUAAAAGCUUGACCCAACAUGCACCAAAAUGUUGCACUAAACCGAGCCUUAUUAGGAAGUACAACAUUGUGUGUGUAUGUCAAAGAUUAACACAGAAAUAAAAUGAGAUUGUCUUUAUGGCAUAAGCCCAUUAUAGCUAGCAAUUUAUUAAUAAUUGAAAUAAAUCGUAAACAUAUUAUGUAAUAUGUACAGUAUAUGAGCAGAAACAUUGAAAAUAUGGUGAGUAAAAUAAACCUGCAUGAAAAACACUAAACAAUAGAUAAGCAUUAGUUACUUAACAAAUUUAAAAAAAGACUGGUAGCAAUAAUAUGAGAAACAAUUUAUCACUAUACACAAAUAAUUUCCAUGGUAAAUCUUGUGCAUAUUGAGUAAAUUAGUGUUUCCUGAAUCCAAAUGCAAACCUUGAAUGUGAUACAGUUUCAAAGCUCUGAAAACCCUAAAUGUGAUAUUUUAAAAGCUCUGCAGACAAAAUGUCUUCUUUUUUAAUAUGAUGCAAAUUUUUGUACAUUGCUCUGUAGAAGUAUAAAAGCCUUAUUAAUAGAA